AUGGCAACUACUGUGGCAUUGCCCACAGUCCAGAUCAACGUGAACUACGCGGAAAUACGGGAGCACGUGACCGACUUCCUUACCCACUACAAAACCGCCGACUCGGGAAUCAAGUACUUGCAACUUUUGCAAGACGUGGCCAACAGAGACAUAUCGACGCUUUACAUCGAGCUAGACGACAUAGCCGCCUACCAGGAAACCAUAGGGAUCGACCUUGUUGCCCAGAUCGUCAAGAAUGCCCACCACUACCUUGAGUUGUUCAGUUCUGUGGUGGACGACUUGAUGCCAGAGCCCACAAAAGACAUUUCGUACAAGGACGAUGUCUUGGACGUGAUUUUGCACCAGCGGCGGCUCCGUAACAUGCGGGCGGCGCAGGAAUCCGCCGAAGAAAUGGACCAGUUGCGCCUGGGACUCAGCCAGGCGCCCGAGUCCCAGUCCGCGCCUGUGGCAGAAAACGUGUUCCCUGCGCAGUUGACCAGACGCUACCACUUGUACUUCAAGCCGUUGCUGGCUGCAAAAAAAGCAUUGGCGGUUCGCGAGGUCAAGGGCUCGCACGUGGGCAAGUACAUCACGGUGCGGGGCAUUGUGACACGCGUGCUGGACGUGAAGCCGGCGGUAGUGGUCACGGCGUACACGUGCGACAAGUGCGGCUACGAGGUGUUCCAGGAGGUCCACUCCAAGGUGUUCCAGCCCUUGGGCGAGUGCACGUCGCCCGUGUGCAAAACAGACAACCAGCGCGGCCAGUUGUUCAUGUCAACGCGUGCGUCUCGCUUCCUGCUGUUCCAAGAGGUGAAGAUCCAGGAAAUGGCAGCACAGGUGCCCGUGGGCCACAUCCCGCGCACCAUGGCCUUGCACGUCAACGGCGACUUGGUGCGCAGCAUGAACCCCGGUGACAUUGUCGAUGUGGCGGGCAUUUUCUUGCCCUCGCCUUACACGGGCUUCCGGGCGUUGCGGGCUGGGCUUUUAACCGAAACAUACCUCGAGGUGCAGCACGUGCGCCAGCACAAGAAGCAGUACGAGCAGCUUGAAAUGAGCGACGAGGCCCGCGAGCGCGUGAUGCAGUUGCAUGCUGAAGGCGGCAUCUACCACCGCUUGGCGCAGUCGAUUGCGCCCGAGAUUUACGGCCACACAGACGUGAAGAAGAUGUUGCUUUUGCUCUUGUGUGGCGGUGUCACCAAGGAAAUGGGUGACGGCAUGCGUAUCCGUGGUGACAUCAACGUGUGUCUCAUGGGUGACCCCGGUGUGGCCAAGUCGCAGUUGCUCAAGGCCAUCAACAAGAUCGCGCCGCGGUCCGUGUAUACAACUGGUCGUGGUUCUUCCGGCGUAGGUUUGACGGCGGCGGUGAUGCGUGAUCCUGUCACAGACGAGAUGGUUCUUGAAGGUGGUGCGUUGGUGCUUGCAGACAAUGGCAUCUGUUGCAUCGAUGAGUUCGACAAGAUGGAAGACGGCGACCGGACAGCCAUCCACGAGGUGAUGGAGCAGCAGACAAUCUCCAUCUCCAAAGCAGGCAUCAACACGACUUUGAACGCACGCACAUCCAUCCUCGCCGCAGCAAACCCGUUGUACGGCCGCUACAACCCGCGGCUCUCGCCCCACGAGAACAUCAACUUGCCUGCGGCGCUUUUGCUGAGAUUCGACAUCAUGUACUUGAUGCUUGACCAGCCAUCCGAGGCGGGCGACGAGCAGUUGGCCCGCCACGUGGCCUACGUGCACAUGCACAGCCACCAGCCGGCCAUGGGCUUUGAGCCGCUCGACCCUCAGACCAUCCGCCACUACAUUUCGGUGGCACGCACGUUCCGGCCCGUGGUCCCCAAGGAAGUCGGUGACUACGUGGUGCAGCUGUACAUCAGCAUGCGGAAGGAGUCUCGGCGCAACGAAGGCUCGGUGCGCCACUUUGCGCCCAUCACGCCGAGAACUCUAUUGGGAGUCUUGCGUUUGUCGCAGGCGUUGGCGCGGAUCCGUUUUGACAACGUGGUGACACGCAACGAUGUCGACGAGGCGUUGCGUCUCAUUGCGCAAUCCAAGCUGUCGAUGGAGGCGCGUGACACCGAACGUGAGGACCCUACGUCGCUGAUCAUGAACCACAUUCGUCAAUUUGUGGUGGAGGCUGCAACGCCGGGCGUGAAUGUGGCGGAGUUGCGUGCGCGGAUGUUGGCCAAGGGCUUUACUGCCGAGCAGUUGCAGCUGUGCAUAGAUGAGUACCUGGCGCUCGGAUUGUUCCAGCUCACGGACGACGGCGAAACGUUGAUGGUGAUUGGUUACGACGACAUGGAGAUGUGA